UUCAAAGCUCAAAAUACCAAAUGUUAAAACAUUUGAAAUGUUAAGAUGUGGCCACAGCCUUAUACUAUAGCAGCACGGAAAGUUUACAUAGGAGAUACUUGUUAAGAACCCAAACAGGCCUGUCGCCAACAAUUAGUCAAGGACCAAAACCGCUCACGUGCUAAAUACCACUCAAGUCAUGCGCGCGACAUAAACGACACAGAAGGAGCGCGCGUUUCCAAGAUCGUCCAGAGCCGCCAGGGAAUGUUUAGAUCCCCUGCCCUGUUACAUUGAGCCAUCCCGUGUGAUACCUUUAAACCAAUUUCCUCCAAUCAGAGAAAGUGGUAAACAUGCCAAGUAGACGGCCGACCCUAUUCCUUCUAUAGCUUCUGUUCCAGGUCAUUUGUCUGCCAUGUAGCCAAAUGUAAGCUUUUUCUUUUUUUUUCCUCACUCCAUCAGGCCGUCUCUGUGUAGACUGUCGGCCUACCCUAUUUUUCGGACCGGAAAAGGAUAGCCUUCAAUAUUAGCCCAGGCUAAUAGUGGCCGCAUUGCUCUGGAAUUUAAAUGUUUUUAGCCUAUCGUGUCGGAGCCUAAUAAAAUACAGUUAUUCCUCACACUACCUCCCAGAAACAACGUAGCAAUAGAACAUAGGAACACACUCAACCACACACCAGCUAUCGGGAAUAGCGACGAUGAGACACCACUUGAGUCUGCUCAAUGCAGACAGCGUGACGUCAGCUUGAAUCCGUCAGCUGGCCCCUCCACCUAGCCUGUGCGAGAAUUCUGACCGAACGAGCUGCGGAAACGGCACCGCGAGUAGCCCCCCGCAUCAUCGGACUGGAACCAAAAAAUAUCACCCAGAUUAGUGCGUUUUAAGACUCUAACCGUCUUAAUCAAAGGUGGGAUCGGUACGAGCAACAUAACUAUUUAUUUGAGUCUAUUUAUUUAUUAUUUAUUCUGUCCUCCAUUGAUUUUUUUCACGCUGUAAUGGCUGGGCUCUCGGGUUGCGGCUGCUAAGCGGCAGGUGCAUUGUCGAGGACAUGUCUGUGCGUGAUGGAUUUUGCCUCACCACUGAGAUGAUGGAUCUGCCGGAGCCAAAUGGAAUUCGCCUCAUCCAUAACAGAGCCUUCGAUGGGUGAGAAAGCUUAAACGGGGCGCGUCUGAGACCUGCGGCCGAGGCUGUGUCGCAGGAGAGUGGGUAGGGGAGGGCGGCAGAGAUAUUGAAACGAAAAUAAAUAAAGAAUCAAGCAGUGGGAGAAUUUUACCUAUAAGAGCUGUGUAAUACGUAUGGGACCAGAACAUGGAACACAACGGGGCUGCAUCUUAACGAUGACAUUACAUUAAAGGCGUUUGGCACGGAUUAUUCCCCCUGCAGAGGGGUCGUUUGGAUGAACUAUAUACAUUUCUUGGUUCAUCUCCCGUCUGUUCUUUCGCACCGGUUUAACCGGGUGAUUUAGCCUACCACUAGCGGUUAAUACCAUUCCAUUGAACCGCCAAGAUGAUGGAGCUACAGUUGGAUGAGGUGGUGUACCAGGAUGACUACGGCUCCGUAUCGGUGAUGUCGGAGCGCGUGUCAGGCCUGGCCAACAGCAUCUACCGGGAGUUCGAACGCCUCAUUCACAGUUACGAUGAGGAGGUAGUGAAGGAGCUAAUGCCUCUUGUGGUGAAUGUCCUGGAGAACCUGGAUGGGGUACUGACAGAGAACCAGGAGCAUGAGGUGGAACUCGAGCUUCUUAAGGAGGACAACGAGCAGCUCAUCACGCAGUACGAGCGUGAGAAGGCGCUACGCAAACAGGCAGAAGAGAAAUUUAUCGAGUUUGAGGAUGCUUUGGAGGCAGAGAAGAAGGAUCUGCAGAGACAGGUGGAGUUCCUGGAACUGCAGGGAAAACAGCUGGAACUCAAGAGCAAGAAUUAUGCUGACCAGCUAUCUCGGCUGGAGGAGAGAGAAGCUGACAUGAAGAAGGAGUAUAAUGCCCUACACCAGCGUCACACAGAGAUGAUCCAGACAUACGUGGAACACAUUGAGCGUUCCAAGCUGCAACAGGCCGGAAGUGCCCAAUCAGAGGGCACCGGCAGCCGAACUCAUCGCCACACCUGGAGGAAAAGUAAAGCGGAGCGUCCUCCAUCGCUGAGUCUGUUCUCCGGCGGAGAUGGGAUGGAGGAUGGUUCUGAGUCGGACUCAGUGGCUGCGACCCCUAGCAGUGGAGGCAGCAAGUCCAACACGCCCACCUCCUCGGUGCCCUCCGCCUCCGUGACCCCCCUGAACGAGGUGCUGGCGUCGGCUGGAGAGUUCGAGAGCCAGCGGGGGAGGGGCAGGAAGAGUGCCAAACGACUCAGCAGAAACAUGGAGGUCCAGGUUUCCCAGGAAACCAGGAACGUCAGCAUUGGUAUGGGCAGCAGUGAUGAGUGGUCAGAGUUCCAGGAGAUCAUUGACUCCACCCCAGAGCUGGACAUGUGUAUGGACCCACGAGUCUAUGGAGGAGGAAACAGUCCAUCUCAGGGCAUAGUGAACGAGGCCUUUGGCAUCAACACUGACUCUCUCUACCACGAGAUCAAAGAUGCCAAGUCUGACAUCAUUGGCGAUGUGGACGCGGGAGCUGAGCUGCUUGGGGAGUUCUCAGUGCGAGAUGAUUUCUUCGGGAUGGGGAAGGAGGUGGAGAAUCUGCUGACAGAAAACAAACAACUACUGGAGACAAAGAAUGCCCUGAACAUUGUGAAGAAUGACCUCAUUGCUAAAGUAGAUGAACUCUCAGGGGAACAGGAAGUGUUGCGAGAGGAACUGGAAGCAGUGAAACAGUCCAAGAACAAGGUGGACACCAGGCUCAAAGAGCUGGAGGAGGAGCUUAAGAGGCUUAAGGCAGAGGCUCUUGGAGCAUCUCAGGAUUCUAAGGACGAAGGUGGAGAAGAUGAAUGGCAACAGUACUCAUCCCCGCUGCAGGACGGAGACGUGGCCAUAGCGCAGCGGCGGCGCUUCACGCGGGUGGAGAUGGCGCGGGUGCUCAUGGAGAGGAACCAGUACAAGGAGCGGCUGAUGGAGCUGCAGGAGGCCGUGCGCUGGACAGAGAUGAUCAGAGCAUCCAGGGAAAAUCCUCAGAUCUCGGAGAAGAAGAAGUCCACCAUCUGGCAGUUCUUUGCACGUCUCUUCAGCACCUCAUCCAGUCCUCCUCCAGUGAAGAGGCCGUACAACAGCGUCAACAUCCAUUACAAGUCGCCCUCGCCGGCUAGCUUUAACCAGAGGCGCUCUCACACCAUGUGCCAGAUCUCCACAUCCAACCGCACUCUCGAGUUCUUCCCUGAAGAACUCCCCAGUAACGGUGUUGCGUCUCUCCUCAGCGACUCGGCACUGUCGGUACGGCGCGAGCAGCGGCGGGAGCAGUACCGGCAGGUGCGCGAGCACAUGCGCCGCGACGACGGGCUCAUGCAGGCCUGCGGCUGGAGCGUGCCUCCCCGAUACAAACAGACUGCGCCCCAGGUUGAAGGCCCGCAGGAGAGCCCCCUGAAGAGACAGCAGGCCAAUGAGAAGGAGGACAACCGCAUGAAAAAUGUGCCUGUUCCUGUCUACUGCCGCCCCCUAGUGGAGAAAGAUCCAAACAGGAAGCUGUGGUGUGCAGCAGGGGUAGACCUGACUGGCUGGAAAACGUCCAAUCCGGAUGCAGUACCUGCAAAGGCUUCAGCCAAUGGCUCUGACCCACUGACAGCAGAGGAGGAGGGAGGAGAAAACAAGAGCGAGCACAGCUCACCAGAGAGGAAGAAGCCUAAGGAGCUGCAUGAGAUGGACUCCAUGAGCAGCCGCGUGUGGAUCCUGACCAGCACCCACUCAGGGAGCAAGGUGGUCAUCAUAGAUGCCAAUCAGCCCGGCUCGCUGGUCGACCAGUUCAAUGUGUGUAAUGCCCAUGUGUUGUGCAUAUCCAGUGUGCCAGCUGCCAGUGAGAAUGACUACCCAGCAGGAGAGAUCUUCCUGGAGCAGCAACAGCAGGUUGACGGCAGCAAGGAAGAGAGUGGUGGGGUUGAGGGCAUGUUAGCGGGCAUCACUCUGGUGGGCUGUGCCACCAACUGCAGUGUGGUGCGCAGCAACUGCUCCUCACGCACCGACACUCCUGUCCUGGACAAAGGACAAGCCCCCACAGCUCCAGUGCUAAGCAGCAGGUUGGCCGUGUCCCAGUCAGCUGAGGAGGCCACCGAGGCCACAGAGGUGCCAGAGGAGGCAGGGCCUAAUGAGGAAGGGGAGGAGCCCACUCAGAUAGGGCCCUUCACGGAGCACGUCUUCACCGACCCACAAACGCACAGCACAGACAGCAACACAAACAGUCAUGGUGGUGGUCAGAAGGAGGAGGUGAAUUCAGCUCCUGCAGAUUCCCUGGAGGGUGGAGACGAUCGCGCCGGGACCAGUGUAGCUCCCACCAUGUGGCUCGGAGCCCAGAAUGGCUGGCUCUAUGUGCAUUCCUCCGUGGCCAACUGGAAGAAGUGUCUUCACUCCAUUAAACUCAAAGACUCUGUGCUCAGUCUAGUACAUGUCAAAGGUCGAGUCUUAGUUGCACUGGCAGAUGGAACAUUGGCCAUUUUCCACAGAGCAGAGGAUGGACAGUGGGAUUUGUCCAACUACCACCUGAUGGACCUGGGCCGGCCACACCACUCAAUCCGAUGCAUGGCCGUGGUGCAUGACAAGGUGUGGUGCGGCUACAAGAACAAAAUCCACAUCAUCCAGCCAAAGAGUAUGCAGAUAGAGGAGUCUUUUGAUGCUCACCCGCGUAGGGAGAGUCAGGUACGGCAGCUGGCGUGGAUCGGCGACGGUGUUUGGGUGUCGAUCCGUUUGGACUCCACGCUGCGUUUGUACCAUGCCAUAACCCACCAACACCUGCAGGAUGUCGACAUCGAGCCUUAUGUCAGCAAAAUGCUCGGCACAGGGAAACUUGGCUUCUCUUUUGUACGAAUCACAGCUCUCCUGAUUGGAGGAAACCGUCUAUGGGUGGGGACAGGGAACGGUGUGAUCAUUUCAAUCCCACUGACUGAGACGGUAGUCCUUCAUCGGGGACAGCUCCUUGGUCUGAGGGCCAAUAAGGUGUCUCCCACAUCGUCGGGGGGCGUGAUCCAUGUGUAUGCUGAUGACAGCGCAGAGAAGAGCAACGGGAGCUUCAUCCCCUACUGCUCCAUGGCCCAGGCACAGCUGUGUUUCCAUGGUCACCGAGAUGCCGUCAAGUUCUUUGUGUCUGUUCCAGGCAAUGUGUUGGCCACCCUGAAUGGCAGUGUGUUAGAUAGCCCGUCAGAGUCUCAGGGGUCCUCGGCUCCUGCGGAGACGGAAGCUCAGAGCGUGCAGAAUGUACUGGUGCUCAGUGGAGGGGAGGGCUACAUCGACUUCCGCAUCGGUGAUGGGGAGGACGAUGAGACAGAGGAAGGGGACGCUGGCGCUCCGCAGAUGAAGCCAGCGUUGUCUAAAGCUGAGAGGAGUCACAUUAUUGUGUGGCAGGUGUCCUACAUCCCAGAGUGACAAGCUUGCCCCUCUACCCCCCCCCCCCCCCCCCCCCCCCCCACACCCUGUAACUACCUAUGAUGCCCUGUAACUACCCUGUACAACGUUAUGAUGGCCCAGUACUCUGUAACUAUACCCCUCUAUCCUGUAACUACCUCCCCGAUGCCUUGUAUGUACCCCGUUUAUCCUGUAAGUACCCCCUCACUGCAUUGUAACUACCCUCUAAUUCCUGUACCUGCUGUAAGCUCUGUAACUACCCUUUGGCCCUCUAUCUAGCCCUCGGCACAUUUUAACUCCAUCUUCAUUACAUUUACCAAUGCCCUAUACCUUGUAUGUAUCAAUUCUGGUUGGAAACCAGUCCCCAAAGCACUGCUAAACCCCCUUACCUCUUGGAACCUUUAUAUUCCAAACUACUACAGCUGCAAAACAGCCCGUAUAAAUAGCCAGACAUCAGCCAAAUAUGGACAUGGAAAACCUUUGAGGACAGCCAAACAUCCCCAGGUCCAAGAAAUCCCUCCCUCCCAGACUGACCUCCUCUUCAUCAUCUCAUCCUAUGAUUGAUGGUGAAUAUUGGAAACCAACUCACGGCUCACUGAAUUACCCCAGACACAGGCAGCUGAUUGGUUCAGACUAUUUCGACAGGCUCUGAUUGGUUGGGCAAAUGCAUCCUGGUACCUGACUAGUUAGUUAAAUGCAGACAGUACAAUGUAAGUAACUAAGUAACUUAGUAAGUAAGUGAGGAAUAAGACCAAAGGAGACAAACAUGGAAUUUUAGCAUGAAGAACCAUAAUACUGCGGAGGGGCCCAAUGGGACAAGAUGGUGAGCCCGACAGGGUGAGACGCAUAGUAAGUGGAAGAUGUAGUAACAAUGACAGAGAGAGGCAUAUAGCAAGUGGCGGAGACAGAAACAGAAAAAGGGGAACGUGAGGACAUUAGCAAAGGCUGCAUCUGCAUCAGACCAAUCAGAGAUUGGACUCUUUGUCAUCAGUGAGCUGUGAGAACGCUCAUCCAAUGACACCCCCCCCCCCCCCUCCCCUUUCAAAGAGUGGCAGCUGGACUGAGGCCUGCUCAUGGUUGCCUGUUUUGAAUGACGGCUGUCAGAGAGAUGGAUUUCCCUGCCUUGAUGCUCUGUAUGUCAACUCAUCAUUACUCUCUGUUGUCUUCUCAUUGUGGUUAAAUAUUAAACAUAUUCGUGCUAUGAA